ACUCUGAAACCCUGCGCGCCAGAAGCACAUAACACAAUGUCUACCGCUGUCACCAAGCGCGACCCCGCGGCCGCGGCACCGCCCGCGGCGCUGCCCAGGCCGGUCGCGGCCCCUGCUGCAACGACACCCGAGCUCGCUGCCCCUGAGGCCGCGGCCGCCGGCGCGGCGGCACCUGAGACUGCAGCAACCGCCAAGAAGCACAAGGCAACCGCAUCGGGGCCGUCGGGUGGCUACAUCUCCGAGAAGCUUGCCGUGUUUGCGCGCGCGGUACGCAAGAUUUGGAAGGACGCCAAGGACACCGGCAAGCGCUACAAGGCCGAGCCGGGCGGCGGCAAGACGACUGCCACGACCGGCGCCACCACUGCUGCACCGGGCCAGCCGGAGCAAGCCGCGGUCGAGGCGACUGCGCCGGUUGCUGCAGGCGCAGCUGCCGCUGCCACCACCACUGCGACCCAGCCACCGUCUUCCGCCUCGCCACGCACCUCGGCCGCCGGUGCCGGCGGCAUCAACCCCGUCACGGGCGCAGUGCAGCGGGUGGCGGAGGCGGCUCAGACGCACGAGCCGGCGGACCAGCUGGAGACGCACCUGUCGCCCGCACACAAGCUGUCCAACGCAGUGGUGAGCACGGUCGAGCACGUGGCUAGCGAGGCAGCGGCGGUGCAGGCGAGCCUGACCGCCGGGGUGCGAGAGGAGCUGGAGAAGAUGACACACGACAGCCACGAGGCUCAGGUGCACCCGGCCCAGCCGCAGCAGCCCCCCAUCACCUCGCCCGCCACCGCCGCCGCGCUGGCCCAGCCGCAGGCAGGCACCGCCGGCUCCACCCCCGCCGGCAUGGACGUGUGAUGAGACUAAGGGUCUAGUGGAGUGGAGUGGUGUGGUAACAUGGUAACGUGGUAGCGGCGUGUAACGGGGAGGUCAGGGGCGCCGCGUGCAGAUGUGGUGCCGGUGCCGCCGCCGCCGCUGCCUGGGCCGCCAUGUGCUGCCCCGCCCUUCGUGGCUGCCUCAUGUGCUGUUGCAGUGAUCAUGCAUGUCCUGCGCACGUUGUGUAAGUGACUAGCUCGCUAGGUUGGCAUGAUUGAUGUUGGCGUCGUGUUUGAGGGCUGUCGCUUGACACUGCAUGUGUAGUUUGCCACUACCUGAACGUCCAUGCGGGGGCCGCCGGGCUGGCAUGAGUUCGGGGCAAUGUGCUGUGCGUGCGUGAGUGCGGAGGUGUUGCCGUGUGCUCAAGUCAUUCCUGCUAUAGCGUAACGUCCUGCAACCGCAACGCAGUGCAUUGCGCAAAAGAAUAAGACCA